CGUACGGUCCUCAAGUCGCAACUCGCAACUGCCAGCGGCCAGCGCCAUAGCACCCCCACCUUCUCUCCCGGCAUGGCCAGGCCAGCGCGCCAAAGCCUGAUGAGCGCGCCCUCCACCAAGCGCCCGCGCGGCCACCCGAGGCACGCGCUCGGCCGAGCCGCUGCCGCGCUCUUCCUCGCCACCCUCGUCGCGCUGCCCUUCGCGGUUCUGUACCGCGCCGCCGUCGGGCGGUCGCUGCAGGACUCCUGGGGAUGGGACUCGCUGCCCUCGGUCGAGGCAUCCGAGGAGGAGGGCUCCGAAGGCGACGAUCUGGACAGUGAAGAUCUCAAACUUGAGCGAGUCCUAAACAAGGCUUCAAUGGAAGAUAAUACAGUUAUUUUGACUACACUUAAUGCUGCAUGGGCUUCUCCUGGCUCUGUGAUAGACCUUUUCAUUGAUAGUUUUCAUUCUGGUGUUAGAACAAGUUCUCUGUUGAAACACCUUGUUAUUGUAACAUUUGAUUGGAAAGCAUACGAGCAAUGUGCCAAAAUCCAUCCCUAUUGCUUUGCUCUUGGAACUGAGGGUGUGGAUUUCUCUGACGAGAAGAGGUUCUUGACUUCUGGGUACCUGGAUAUGAUGUGGAAAAGGCUAGAUUUUUUGCGGUCAGUUCUUGAAAAAGGAUACAACUUCAUAUUCUCGGAUGCAGACAUAAUGUGGUUUCGCAAUCCGUUUCCUCAUUUCUAUCCUGAAGCUGACUUUCAGAUUGCAUGUGACCACUAUGUCGGGAAUGCAACUGACUUGAGAAACAUUGGUAAUGGAGGUUUCAACUAUGUGAAAUCAAAUGAGCGAAGCAUAGAGUUUUACAGUUUCUGGUAUUUGUCUCGAUUGAGGUAUCCUGGUUAUCAUGAUCAGGAUGUAUUCAAUGUUAUUAAGCAUGAUCCUUACGUUGCAGACAUUGGACUGAAAAUUAAGUUCUUAAGUACUACAUACUUUGGUGGAUUUUGUGAGCCGAGUAGAGAUAUAAACAAAGUUUGCACUAUGCAUGCUAACUGCUGCAUCGGGUUGCGGAGCAAGAUUCAUGAUCUAAGGAUUAUGAUGGAUGAUUGGAGGAGCUAUUUGUCCUUGCCUCCAAACUUAAAAAGAUUGCAGACAUUGGCAUGGAGGGUGCCACAAAAUUGCAGUCUUUCUGCAUCAGACCGAUAAAGCAUGCUUAGGGACAACAAAAGGAAGCAAGAACAGUGAGGCAUGACAAAACUUUUCUAUGCAUAUCGCCUUAGCAAGGCAGACUAGUGUCGAAAUAGAGUGUGCAUGCCUUCUGUCGCACCAGUGUUACAUACGAGUAUGAGACUUUUACUUAUCCCCUUUGCUUGGAAGUACAGGUUUAGCAUGGUAAGCAGAAUUACCCAUCGAAUCAAUUUGGAUAGAUGUCUCGUUUCUAUAGAUGCAAAUGCAAUUGCUCUUACCUGAACUGAACGAGCAAGGCUGCUACAAUGCAUCUGGACCAAUCUGGGUGAUUCAAGACAUCGACAGGAGGCGCGGGUUCCUAUGGGCAGGGAAGGUGGCUGCGUCUGGGGGCCAAUGUACCGUCGCCUGGACCAAGGUAUGCCGGCCGUUUGAGUACGGUGGCCGGACUCGGCCCCUGCUGGAUUUGAGGAUGGCGGGCUAUGCCUUGCGCCUACGUUGGAUGUGGCUACAGCGCACAGACAGCCCGCGGCCAUGGCGGAACCUUGAUUUGGGAGGCGACCCCCGGGCGCUAUUCGCAGCUUCAAUUCAAGUGAACACGGGUGAUGGCAACCAGACGUCGUUUCUCUUGCACACGUGACGUACUGACAUGUCACUACAUAUAGGUCAACUCUCAUGUUCUGUGUGUCAGCAACGACAUCAUUCCGUGUAAUUACGUUAGGAUCCCUCUCGGGUGGCAGCCUUGCUUUUUUCUGAA